AUGCUCUGCUCGAUGGCGAACUCGGGCUGCCUCCUGGUCUCCAACUCAGCCUUGCUCCCGCACUCCCUGCCCUGCCCCCCGGCCUUCCUCUACCUCCAGCAGGGCAACCAGGACGCCACGGCUCCGCCUGACGCAAUGGCCCAACCCUACCCCCCAGCCACGUACCCACCGCCUCCGCAGAACGGCAUGCCCGCUGAGUACGCGCCUCCGCCGCCGCCGCACCCGCACCCAGCACAGGACUACUCGGGGCAGAGCACAGUCCCCGAGCACGCCCUGACUCUCUACACGCCAGCACAGAGCCACGCGGAGCAGCCAGGCACCGAUGGCAGCGCGCAGCCCAUGGCGGGCACGCAGACGGCAGCGCAGACGGAUGAAGCGGCACAGACAGACAACCAGACGCUACAACCGCCAGAGAGUGGUUCUGACAAACAGCAGCCUAAACGGUUACAUGUUUCCAACAUCCCUUUUCGCUUCCGGGACCCUGAUCUGCGGCAAAUGUUUGGGCAAUUCGGAAAGAUCCUGGAUGUGGAGAUCAUUUUCAAUGAGCGCGGCUCCAAGGGUUUUGGGUUUGUAACUUUUGAAACUAGUGCAGAUGCCGAUCGGGCACGGGAGAAGCUGAACGGCACCAUCGUAGAGGGACGCAAAAUCGAGGUCAACAAUGCCACAGCACGGGUAAUGACAAACAAGAAGGCUGCCAAUCCCUACACAAACGGCUGGAAACUGAACCCCGUGGUGGGCACGGUCUAUGGCCCCGAGUUCUAUGCAGUGACCGGCUUCCCGUACCCAGCCACAGGAACAGCAGUAGCGUACCGGGGGGCACACUUAAGAGGGCGGGGGCGCACAGUCUACAACACGUUCCGGGCAGCUCCCCCACCCCCGCCCAUCCCCACGUAUGGAGCAGUGGUUUACCAGGACGGAUUCUAUGGUGCUGAAAUUUAUGGAGGUUAUGCAGCUUACAGAUAUGCUCAGCCUGCGGCAGCGGCGGCAGCAGCGGCAGCUUACAGCGACAGUUACGGCCGAGUUUAUGCGGCUGCAGAUCCUUACCACCACACCAUCGGCCCUGCUGCUGCCACCUACAGCAUUGGCACCAUGGCUAGUCUAUACCGAGGAGGGUACAGCCGCUUCACUCCCUACUAGCAAGACAGACCCAGC